UUUUAAAGGCGCCCGUAUGCAUGCUGCAGGGUUUUCCUGUCCUGCUUCCUGAGUUGGUGACCCUGAUCCAGAUGUCUCUGCUUAUGCAAACAGAGGCCUGUGGCAACUUUGCCUUCUUCAUUCGGGGGAAGUGACAGGUUUUUUUUUCAAGGCUGGGAGAUGGUUAAACAGCUCGCCUCUGCUGGCGCACUGCUGCUGGUGGUGGCUGCGCGGCGCGGCGGGGGUUAAGGUGGGCGCCCGCCCGCGCCCCGCGCCGCCCGCCCGCCCGCCGGGAUGAGCGCGCAGUCCGCCCGCUUGCGUGGCGCCGGCAUCCGAGAAAGUGGCGGUCAGUGAUGGAGCUGCUGCCAUGACAACCCCGGCGGUCGGGGCCCGUGCGCUUUGGGGCUGCUCCCGGGAGGAGGAAGAAGGCGGCGCGGAGGCCGGGGGCGGCCGCUGAGCGUGGCGUCCGCGCGCGGCUCCGGUGCCGGCUGCGCCUCGCUUUCCCCAGCGAUCGAGGGAGCGAGCGAUCGGGGGGCCGCCGAGGUCUGGUCUCUGGUCCGCUGCCUCCUGGCCGCUCCUGCCUGGACCGCCAGGGCCACUGCCUCCACCGAGACCUGCUCCAUCGCAGCAGCAGCUGCUGCUCCGAUUUCGGCUCCGAGGAAGUUGACCCGGGCGGGCGGGCGGGCGGGCGGGCGGCUGCGGCAGCAUCUCAGUCCGGAGCCCGGUCCCUGCGCAGCCCGCUCCCCCUCGCACACCCCCCGCUGCUGCCUCCUGCGUGCCCCACUUUCCGAUUGCAUCCGCUAUUGUCACCGACCGCAUCUCGCCGGCCAUCCUGCCUCCGAAACUUACAAAGAAAGUACUGGAUCUCCCCUGGCUGGCGCCGAGGGAUUGCAGCCUGCUCUGCUCUGCUCUGCGUAGCCGGAUCGGACCCACCCUCCGCUCCCCUUCGGGUACCCAAGUGCUUAUGCCACCCCGAAGUGCCAUGUGGAAACGGUUUGCGGGAAGAAGAGACCUCUGAGACGUGCCCGCGCCUCGGCAUCUGCCCGGAGCUUCUUCCCCUUCCCCUUCCCCCGGCCGGAGCUGCACCCAGGAAGCCCCGUCUGGCUCUCCCAGGCUGGAGCGCUGAGCUGGGUUUGAGGGAGGACUAUUAGACUCGGAGGAGGAGUCUGCGCGCUUUUCUCCCAGAAAUAAAGAAAAAGAAAAAAAACAAACAAAACAGGAAGAAGAAAAAAAGAAAGAAAAGAAAGAAAGAAACCCGCGCCUCUCCAUCGCCGCUAGUUCUCUGCUGGGUCCGAGCUCGCCCGCACCCCACCCACUUCCUGCGCUCGCCCCGGGGGCGUGUGCCGCGCGGCUGCAGCUGCAGGAGGAGUUCUGGGAAGUUGUGGCUGCCGAGGAGGAUGGGGGUCUGUGGGUACCUGUUCCUGCCCUGGAAGUGCCUCGUGGUCGUGUCUCUCAGGCUGCUGUUCCUUGUGCCCACAGGAGUGCCGGUGCGCAGCGGAGAUGCCACCUUCCCCAAAGCGAUGGACAACGUGACGGUCCGGCAGGGGGAGAGCGCCACCCUCAGGUGCACUAUUGACAACCGGGUCACCCGGGUGGCCUGGCUUAACCGCAGCACCAUCCUCUACGCCGGGAAUGACAAGUGGUGCCUGGACCCCCGCGUAGUUCUCCUGAGCAACACCCAAACCCAGUACAGCAUCGAGAUCCAGAAUGUGGACGUGUAUGACGAGGGCCCGUACACCUGCUCUGUGCAGACGGACAACCACCCCAAGACCUCCCGGGUCCACCUCAUCGUGCAAGUAUCUCCCAAAAUUGUAGAGAUUUCUUCAGAUAUCUCCAUUAACGAAGGAAACAAUAUCAGCCUCACCUGCAUAGCAACGGGCAGACCGGAGCCCACGGUUACCUGGAGACACAUCUCCCCCAAAGCUGUGGGCUUUGUGAGUGAAGACGAAUACUUGGAAAUCCAGGGCAUCACCAGGGAGCAGUCCGGGGAUUACGAGUGCAGCGCCUCCAACGACGUGGCUGCUCCCGUGGUGCGAAGAGUGAAGGUCACGGUGAACUAUCCACCGUACAUUUCCGAAGCGAAGGGGACAGGGGUCCCUGUGGGACAGAAGGGGACCCUGCAGUGUGAAGCCUCCGCAGUGCCCUCAGCAGAAUUCCAGUGGUACAAGGACGACAAAAGGCUGGCUGAAGGAAAGAAGGGGGUGAAAGUGGAAAACAGACCCUUCCUCUCAAAGCUCAUCUUCUUCAAUGUCUCAGAACACGACUAUGGGAACUACACGUGUGUCGCCUCCAACAGGCUCGGCCAUACCAAUGCCAGCAUCACACUCUUUGAACUAAAUGAGCCUACAAGCUCAACUUUGUUGCAAGGCCCUGGCGCCGUCAGCGAGGUGAGCAACGGGACGCCGAGGAGGGCAGGCUGCCUCUGGCUGCUACCUCUCCUGGUCUUCCUCCUGCUCCAGUUUUGAUGCGAGUGCCACCCCCGACCCGGGGAAGCUGCCGCCACUGCAACCAUCGACCCUCCAGCAAAGGCACCUCCGACAGCAAGAGCAAACACCCCUUUCCAACCAAGAUGCAAUCCAACACCAUUCCGAGCCACAGACAAUUGGGACACAAAUUCGAGGGAGGGGAACCGAGAACACUUUGGGCAAACGCAUUUCAAAAGGACACUGAGAAUCCAUUGCCUUGCAGGCCGGGCCGAUAUGUAGGUACAGCUGAGUUUUCUUUAUUUUCCCUGAGGGGAGGAGUGCGCCCCCAGCUUUGGAUACCCACCCGCCCGCCAGCUGCAUUGUCUCCGGGGUGACAGAGGGCUCAGCCCACCCCAGGGCCCCUGUCGAGGAAAAUUCUGGAGUCGGCCACCCCCAAAUUCAAUCUGUCACUAGAAGCAAAUGCAAAGUGAGGCACGCACCCCGAUGUGUCCCUGCUGCAGACUGUGCCACUGUCCUGUGUGCUAUGAAACGCCAAUUUAUUACAAAGCAGAUCAAUAAAAAGGAAACUAAACAAAACAACCUGCCAGCAGCCACCUCCCGCAGGCAGCAGCCACACAAACCCCGUUCACCUUUGCGUUCCUCUCACUCCAUGGGCAUCGUGGAUCAUAAGGGAUUCCCGUUCACUCUUAAUUCUCUUAAUUCUCUUUUCUGACCCGAGUCUAGGACUUAGCUGGAAAGCAAGGCAAAACCACAUACCACACACAUGGAAGGGGUGACGAGACAUAUGUUUGUUAAAAAAAGAUGAAUACGGUAGUGCACCACUUAACUAGGUUUACAACUGGUGGACCCCAAGCCGGGCAUUAACCUCCUGGCGAGGAUUUGGCAAAUCCACCAAAAAACAAAACACACACACACACACACACACACACACACACACACACACACGAUUUAACCAAUAGGUCCACCAGCGCUACAGCUUUCUCCUCAUCCCGGCAUUUAAUGCAGACACGACUAUGCUUCUCCAUGCUAUGUAGAGGUGGAAGGGGGGUCUGCACCUGACCUUGAGUUUGUUGGCUCUGCUUCUUUUGAUGACAUAUAUUAUACAGUAUAUAUAUACAUAUAUAUACAUAUAUUUUUUUCGUUGAGAGUUCUAGCCCUUUUCUUUCUCAGCAGGUGCGUUCUCAGACAUUACUGCAUGCUGUAUAUGGCGUUUAGCUGUGUGUUGACCUUCUAAAAAAGAUGAUAGCGUUUACUGGUAACUUGUGUAAUCAGCUCCUGCCUCUAUUUUUUUGUUUUUCUUUUUCGCGUUAUCCACAUGUCAGAGACAUUUAUACCAAGUGAAACGAGAAACGACACUCACACCGGGCGCAGCCUUUGUCCCGAGGGGUGGCUCCUCCAUCCCGCACAAACACACCGCCGAACCAGCUAAACAGCCAGUAACCACUCGCUUGAGCCCUAUGGGAAUCUCUGAUGCCUUUGUGACCACUGGAGAAAUCGAACCCUCUUGGUUUCUUUUAUUUAAUUUCCCACCUGUGUGUGCGUGUGUAUGAACGAGAAGAAAAUGCAGUUUUUAGAUAAUCUUUUCUCCUCCUUCCCGGGGAGUCUGAGGACCAGAGAGGCCUCGGGGAGGGGUCCUGGGUGUGAUGAGGGAAAGUGGGAUUGGGGUGAUGGGGAGGGAGGGGUUGUCUCUGACUUGACAUUAAAAAGUGUUCCAUGUCCCUCUUCA